GUGGCGGCAGAAGGCUGGCGUUAGCGGCCACGCUGCUCUGCGCCGCUGCCGCUCUGGUCGCCGCACAGGAGGCAUCCGGCGUGCGCGCCACCUACCUAUUCUACCGCGCGAAGCAGAACAGUUGGGACCUGGCCGCCGCCGGAGUGUACUGCGCCAAGUGGGAUGCUGACGAGCCACUGUCAUGGCGCAAGGAGUACGGCUGGACGGCCUUCUGCGGCCCCGUUGGACCCGCAGGCAAGGACGCCUGCGGUAAGUGCCUCAUGGUGACGAACAGUAAUGCGACGGGCGCAGCCAUCACAGUGAGGAUCGUGGACCAGUGCAGCAACGGUGGGCUGUCCAUGGACUACGACACGGCCUUCAGCAAGAUCGACAAGGGCGGACAGGGCUACAAGAACGGCCACCUCACCGUCAAGUAUCAGUUCGUCAACUGCAGCGGUGGUGCCGUGGCGCCGGCGGCAGACCCGGCAGCUAUUGUGCCACCAACGCCGGGAGUAGUGCCCAGCGAGCGACAUAAAAUUUUAGGGCGCAGGGGCAAAGUUCUGGUCAUCGCCUUGGUUGUUCCACUAGCUGCAUCUUUUUUGUGCCUGGUGUCGUUUUUUAGAUACAGAAGUCACCAGAAUGGCAAAGCUACAAAGGACAAGGCUAAGAUAAACGUUCAGAAGGAUGGAGCACUAGUUUGGGAACUAGAAGGAACAAGUUCAGGAUUCACUAUUUAUGAAUUGUCCCAAGUAUUGGAGGCUACAUGUAACUUCUCAGAAGAAAAUAAACUUGGGCAAGGAGGUUUUGGUCCUGUUUUCAAGGGCCAGUUUCCAGAUGGGUUGGAGAUAGCAGUUAAGAGACUUGCUUCACAUUCCGGACAAGGUUUCACCGAGUUCAAAAAUGAAAUUCAGCUCGUAGCCAAGCUCCAGCACACAAAUCUGGUCCGGCUCUUAGGAUUCUGCUCCCACGGAGAGGAGAAAAUACUCAUCUACGAAUAUUUGCCAAAUAAAAGCUUGGACUUCUUUAUUUUUGAUGAAACAAGGAGAGCUUUACUUUACUGGACUAAACGCUUAGCAAUAAUAGAAGGGAUAGCACAAGGACUCCUAUAUUUGCAUAAGCACUCUAGACUACGGGUUAUCCAUAGAGAUCUUAAAGCAAGCAACAUUCUUCUGGACCAUGAAAUGAACCCCAAAAUUUCAGAUUUUGGGCUUGCUAAGAUAUUUAGCACAAAUGAUUUGGAAGGAAACACAAGAAGGAUUGCUGGAACAUAUGGCUAUAUGGCUCCUGAGUACGCUUCGGAGGGCAUCUUCUCGAUCAAAUCCGAUGUGUUUAGUUUUGGUGUGCUAAUUCUUGAGAUUGUGAGUGGGAAAAAAACAUCAAGUUACCAUCGAUAUGGAGACUUCAUCAACCUUCUUGGACAUGCAUGGCAGUUGUGGAAAGAUGGAUUGUGGCUUCAACUUGUGGAUGAAUUAUUAGAUGUUGAGUGCCAUACGCUAGCGAUAAUGAGAUGUAUUAACAUCGCCUUAUUGUGUGUGCAAGAGAACGCAUCUGAUCGGCCCACCAUGUCAGAUGUGGUUACAAUGCUAAGCAGCGAGACUAUGACCCUGUCUGAGCCUAAGCACCCAGCAUAUUUCCACGUAAUGGUCACAACAGUAGAGGCAUCAACAGUUGUGAUGCCAUGUACUGCUAACGUUGUCACAGUGUCCGACCUAGAUGGCAGGUAAUUUUAUAUUUUCGCUCCAAAUCAUGUCAAAAUAUUUUGUAUUGUAUGCUGCUCCUUUCAAAGAUUUAUCUUUUUGAGCUUUUCAUUUAUCAAUUUUUUAACGAGAAUCGCAUGUUUGUUGAUGCCAAUUGUUUAUGCUAGACAGCUGAAAUUCAAAGAGUAAAUCUUUAAAUAA